UAGGACCCGGGCUGAGCAGCUCCUCCUCCCUUCCAGGUCUCUCCAGGGUUAUUGCUUGGUGGGAGGUAGGUUCAGGGCUCGGUGGUAUGAAUGAAAGAGAGAGAGAGAGAGAGAGAGAGAGAGAGAGGAAAUCGGCGCUGAAAAGCUCAAACUGGAAUAGCUCGCCUGUCUCCAGGCAACAGCCCUGACGCAACCGCUGGGGAAAGAAAAAAAAAAAAAAAAAAAAAAAAAAGUCCCCUAAAUGAAAAAAAAAAAAGGCAAAAAACAACAAACCAACCACCACACGCACAGAUUGCUGGAGCGAGACACAGGGGAGGAGGAGGAGGAGGAUGAGACAGGCUCCGGGAGGAGGCACUGGUGACACCGCUCUGCGAACACCAAGUUGGGGAGCCGAGGUGCAAGGAGGGAGCCGAGAUGUCCGUGCCAUAAUCCCCGAUCCGACUCCAGCCCCGGUGUUCAUCCAAGGCUGGUUUGGUGCUUGAAGAGGAGCCCACACCUCAGCUGUCCUCCAGGGAGCUGUGCUGAGCACCCUGGUCAAAACUUGAGGAUUCUCAUCUCCAUCCCUGGUCCUUUCCAGCCCACCUCUAUGCCUUUGGACUCCCAGAGAGGAUGGCUGUGCCACAAAUCCAAAUAGAAGAGGCCCUGGACAGCAUGGAUGCUGGGUCUGGGGGGGUUCCUCCUCCAGAUGAUCACCUGAGGACCCUCAAGGCACUGACAGAGAAGCUGAGACUGGAGACCAGGCGCCCUUCCUACUUGGAAUGGAAGGCAAAGCUGGAGGAGCAGGCUUGGAAGAGCCCCCAGGCCGAGGGGGACAGGGAGGACGAGGCCACCAAGGGCAAAAAGAGCCCAGAGGAGACUGUGCCCAUGAGAAAGGUGCAGCUGCACCUCAAUGGGAGCCCUGCCCAGGACAAGGGGACUGUCACCUCGGGGAGGAUAGGUGGCUUUGAGAGCAUCGACGAGGCUUUGACGUGGCUCAGGAAGGAGCUGGCAGAAAUGCGCCUGCAGGACCAGCAGCUGGCCAGGCAGCUGAUGCGGCUGCGCAGCGACAUCAACAAGCUGAAGAUUGAGCAGACGUGCCACCUGCACCAGCGCAUGCUCAACGACGCCACCUUCGAGCUGGAGGAGAGGGACGAGCUCGCCGACCUCUUUUGUGACUUCCCCCUGGUCAGCUCCUUCAGCCUCUCCACGCCCCUCAAGCUCAUCGGGGUCACCAAGAUGAACAUCAACUCCCGCCGGUUCUCGCUAUGCUGAACAGGGAGGGGAAGGAGAGAGAAGGAUGGGGGAGGAAAGGGGAGAGGGCUCCCUCUGCAUCGAGAGGCCAGCGAGGAGAGAACUUCCCUGGGAAGCUGCAGCUGGUCUUGGUGGCAGAGUGGAGACUGGCACUGGAACGGCCUGGGGAUGCUCAUGGGGGAAGGCAGGACCUGCGUGGAAGAAGCCUGGAGAGCAUCCAGACCCAACACGCGCACUCAGCUCCUUUGCCAAGCCCCUUCUCCUCCUCUUCCUCUCACAGGACACAGCUUGGUGUGGGUGGUUGUGCUCAAAAAUCAAAGGAGGGGUCAAAGAUCUGCCACAAAGAAAAUCCCUCUUCCCUUCCCCUUCCCCUCCUCCCAGGCUGGAGCAACAUCGCUUUCCUCCAUGGAUGUCCCCUUGGGCACCAGCCCUCAGCCUCUGCUGCUCCAAGUGUGGGAUCCAUGGGGCUGUUUCAGAUGGGAAGUUGAUUUCCAGUGGGAAGGAGCCCUCCCAUCAAGCAGAGGACUGUGGGUUAAAUGGUACCAGCCCCAGGAAGUGGUGAGAAGAUGUGUUUGACUCUACUCCGUAGAGUCCAGGGCACUACAGCUUCAUUUUGCCUGUGGUAUAGAUGAUGGACUCACCAUGGGCACAUUCAGAGAUUCCAGCUGACUAGAAGUCUCCUGUGUGCCCUGGAAAUCAUACCCAGAGCAAUACACGUUUCUGAUCCUGUUGGAUCCUGUUGUCAGCCCCAAGACCGCCUGUGGUUCACCCAGCAAACAAGGAAAUGUUGUUUCCUGUCAGAGAAAUCCCCAGGCUGACACCCCCCAACAGCAGCACCAGCAAACCCUGGAUCCUCUGUAGCAGCACACAUCCAUCAGAGAGAGGGACUUCAAGAGGAGAAAGGGGAUUUUUGGGUUACGAACUCAAAAUGGGACUUAAAAUUAAAGGGAGAAAUUGCUGUGAUGAUCUCUGGACCUUCAGCAACACGGGGGGGGUCCCUCCCUGCCCAGCAGAAUGUGAGAUGGAUGCUGUGUUUUCUUGCCUUUCAGUGCACACAGCUGCCUGUACCUGGCAUGGGGGGCAGAGACCUCUGGUGCUGCCCAGCAAGGGACUCCAGAGGUUUUGCCAUGGCAAUUUUGGGACACCUGGCACCCAAGACAGUGCAGAUCAAGCGUGGAUGCCUUCAGGCUUUCCCCCCUGUGCCCACCCCGCUCCUGAUCCUGUCAGAGUGGAACAAUCCUGCUCAUGAUGCCCAUACCCAUGGCAGGAGGGUUGGAAUGAGAUGAUCUUUCUGGUCCUGUCCAACCCAACCCAUUUUAGGAUCUCAGCCCAGCUCAGCUCCUCCCCACGUGCCCGAGCAGGAGCAGCUCUUGGCUGAGCAGACCUGGCUGUGCCCAAGGCCUGGGGAGGAGCAGGAGGAGCAGCCCCACUGCUCUGGAAGCUGUGGCUGUGUCGAUGUGCCUGUAGCUGUCUGUGAGCUCUGUGUGUGUGUGUGUGUGUGUGUCAGUCGCUGUGUGUCCAUCUGAACCCACAGGAUGCCUCUCCCAUGAAGCUCCAGGCCGGGUUCUUGCCUUUGUUCUGAAACGUGACGGGACCCGCGAUCCUGCGAGGAUCCAAUGUGCCUGGGGGAUGAAAGGAGGUUUUCACACCUGGGGCUCCACAGAGAGCUCUAGAUUAAUGCAGAGAGGACAAAUAAUUUGUGUUCCUCUGCAGGUCUGCACAGUAGGGAUGAAUUAAGGGGUUCACAGAUAUGUGGGGCUGAGGGCUUUGAGAUGAGAUCAGUCCUUCAUCCCCACAACCCCUGGGUGAUGCCUUCCCAUCCACCCCAAAGCUCCCUCAUCUUUCUGCUAAGGAAAGAAGAAUUUUAGGCACCAGAGCUUUAUCUAUACCAUCAGCACCACGCCUGGGUGCUGAUUCUUGUGCUCCCCAGGUGAGGGAGGUUUAUUUUGGGUUGUGGCCAGACUGUCACUUGACCUCUGGGCAAGACAACCAGCCACGGUGCCGUUCAGUUUACUAGGAAGAGCCUUACUUCCCCAUGGACAUCUUGGAGAAAAAAAAAAAAAAACACCUCAUUAAAAUUCUUCUUUGUUUACUUUUUUCAUAAAAAUAAAUCGGUUUUGUGUCCCACAUGUUGAUUUUUAGACAUGUUUUCAAUCAGAAGAUAGAAAUGAUGGUUUUUCCAUGAAAAUAAUGCCUUGGAAAGGGGGAUUGGUUCUCUCUAGGGUCAAAUGGAGUGGAGUACAGGGUGGGCCUGCCUUUGGGCUCUUGUCUGGUGGCCAAAAGCAGGGGUGAAUUCAAGCACAGUCUAAGUGGAUCAUCACACGUGGCAGUAGAAAAUCAGACGUCUGGGUUCCAGACAUUUAUUUUCUGCAUUAAGGGGGAAGAGGGAUGAGUGUAACUGCCAGCUGUUUGUCAAAAUGCACAAUUUUUUAAUUAUAAAGCCUCUGUCUGUAUUGA